UCCAGCUGCUGCAACCACAGACCUGCUUCUCCAUAGAGGGGCUCUAAGGAAUGCAAGACUGGCUCUGGAUCAGGACGAUGGGCGCAGUCUCCUGGGCAGUGGGUCUUGCAGGCUGGUGGGACUCCCUGGGUGUGGACCGGUGCUUGCCUGGCUUGUGAGGCUGGGGAAAGGACAGACCAGUCCUGGUCAGGCCCCAGAGUGUCCUUGCUGUGGCUGGGGGAUGAGGAAGCCGGAGGAGGGAGGCCGGUGGGGAGUCUGGCCUGGGCCCGCGGGGAGGCAGGCGGGGCGGGGGGCCGGCGCGGAGCCAAUGGAGAGCUGGGGCAGGUGGAGGGGGGGUUAAAACCCCCCCGUUGGCGGCAGGCGAGCGAGUGCCCGGGAGGAGGAGCGGAAAGGAGGGCUGCCCCCGAGGGCAGCCGCGCGGAGCGGCGGGGCCCCGCGGGUGGAUGCCCGCCGGUGCCGGCCCGGGUCUGCCGGGCCGGGCUGGGCUGGGCUGUGCCCUGACAGGGGAACGGCGGAGUGCCAGGCGGCCCGGCGGCUCCGCACGGAGCUGGGCCACGCACAAACCCAUGGAGAAGUCUCAAAACUUCCGCAUCGAGGCGCUCCUGGCUGAGGAGCCGGCGCGAAGCGCAACCCCGCCGGGGCUGAGCCCCGGGAGCCCCGCCGCGAGCCCCGGCCCCGCCGGGCGCUCCGACACCCCCUCGCCGCGGGCACCCCCGGCCACUGCGUCCCUCGCCCCGUCCGGCUUCGUCCCCAAGCCCGGCUUGCUGCACCUCCCCGGCCCCGGCCUCGGCGCCCUGCCGGCCCUCUACCCUCCUGCUGUGUACUCGCUCCCUUCCCUCGGCGGCCAGCACCCCGCUUUCGCCUACACCGGCAUCCCCCACCUGCCGCCGCCCGGCGCGGAGCACCUGAAGGCGGCUGUGGCCGGCUCCUUCCCGCUGGAGCAUUGGAUCCGAGCCGGGGUGCUUGUGCCCAGGCUUUCCGACUUCCAUGCCGUCUCGCAGUCUGGCUUGAUGGGGAAGUGCCGCCGGCCCCGCACAGCCUUCACCAGCCAGCAGCUCCUGGAGCUGGAGAACCAGUUCAAGCUCAACAAGUACCUGUCCAGACCCAAGCGCUUUGAGGUGGCCACGUCGCUGAUGCUCACCGAGACACAGGUGAAGAUCUGGUUCCAGAACCGCCGCAUGAAGUGGAAGCGGAGCCGCAAAGCCAAGGAGCAGGGGGCUCAGGUGGAAGCUGAGAAGCCACGGGGGCUCAGCAAAGCCUGCGAGAAGCUGCUGCCCAGCGAGACCCAGGGACAGCCUUCCGAAAGCCCUGAGUUCAAGGGGCGCAGCACCGGCUCAGGCUUCCUGCACUGCAGCACCGCUGAGCUGGGCUACGGCCUGGACUCCUCCUGCUCGGGGGGUGAGGAAGACGAGGAAGAGGAGGAGGAUGAGAUGGGUGCCAUGGAGAGGAAGAUGGACUCGGUGUUGUGAAAGAUGGCUGGAGUUGCCUGGGGAGAGGGGCUGGGCUGCGGUGUCGGGGUCUCUUUGCUGGCAGACACAGACUGUGCCCAGGCAGAGCAGUGAGGGCUGCAGGGCACCUGCCCCUCUCCUUUAACUUAUGUGUGGUUGAGUCCUAUUUAACUUGUAAUUAUUCUUCUGUGUGUAUCUGGGGGAGUCCCCACAUUCCUACCCUAUAAAGCUGUU